UAUUUAUUAAUCAUAUUUUUUUAUAAUCGAUUUUUAAUGGUUAUAUUAUGUUUUGUAACAAUAAAUAGUGUAUGACAUUACAUCUUAUAAUAUAUUACGAUGGAAUAUAGUCUAAAAAAAAAUGAUCAGUUCGAGUAUCCUCAAAUUAUUACCGAUUCGAAUAAUAUUAUAAAACCAACACCAAAUAUAUCUGAUGAAUACAAAAAAUUAAAAAAAAACAUAAAAAUUGAUGCAAAUAUUAUUAAUUCUACUGAAUCAUUAUAUUCAGAUGUUGCAAUGGUAUAUCCUAUAAGCUCUUGGACAUUUUGGUAUAGAGAUCCUUUAAAAUCUAAUUUAAAAUAUCCAUGGGAAGAAUCAUUGACUAAAAUUGAAACUGUUCAAGAUAUUACUCAUUUAUGGAAAGUUCUUGGCCAUAUUAUUCAACCAUCAGUAAAAUUUUUAAACACAUGUUUAUUUGUGUUUAAUGAAAAGAGCGUACCCGCAUGGGAACACAAAAGUAACGAAAAUGCAGGGCGUUGGAUAAUCAUAUUGAAAGAUAACCACAAUUUGCAUAAUAUAUGGAAUAAUAUGGUUCUACAAGUAGUUGGUGAUAAAUUUGCAACUGUUAUAACUGAUAUAAAUGGUAUAGGAUUGCACAUUAAACCGGUAUGUUCCAAGAUAACAGUAUGGACUACAAAAACAACUUUAAAUAAUUACAAAAGAAUACUAAAUAUUGGAGUGAUGAGCAGACAAACCAUUGGGCAGAUGACAAAACGCAUGUAUUAUUUAAUGCAUAACAACACACUAGUUUAAGUAUAAUUGUUACUUGCGAACGUUUAAAAACAAAAAUUGAUGAUUUCUCAUUAUUAUUUAUUUUAUUAACAAAUCUAUGAUUAAAUUUAUAAUAGUAACAAAAAUAUAAUUUACUUUCUACAUUACAUUA